GACGUAGUGUUACUUACUAUCAUUGGUGAAGCCAGCACUAUAUUCUGUGGCCUUGUGGUCUUCUCUUCACUGGGUUUCAUGGCACAUCGGGCUCAGAUACCUAUAUCAGAAGUCAUGUCAUCGGGUUCUGGACUAGGGUUCAUCAUCUAUCCGGAAGCAAUUGCCCAGCUACCAGUCUCUCAGAUGUGGGCAGUGCUCUUCUUCAUCAUGAUGUUAACAAUGGGAAUGGAUUCUUUGUUUGGUACUAUGGAAACGAUGAUAGCUGCCAUAAUAGAAGCGUGUCAAACAUACCUUCAACAUCGAAGAAUGUACGUCACUGCAGGAGUGUGUCUGCUCAGUUUUGGAAUGUCCAUCCCCUAUGCAACUGAAGGUGGUGUAUACCUCUUUCAGCUAUUAGACUGGUAUGCUUCCUCGUUCAACUUACUGCUCAUUGGCUGUCUGGAGUGUGUUGCCAUUAAUUGGAUCUAUGGUUCUGAAAGAUUUAGCGACGAUGUUGAAAUGAUGAUGGGAAGACGUUCCCCAUGGUUGCUGAAAGUCAUGUCAUCCUACUUCACACCAGUCAUCCUCUUUGUGCCCUACUAA